GCCCAAUACUCGGAGUGAAGUACCAAACUCUGAACCCCGCCACCUGUUCAACAACAGGCAAACUACAUAUAACACAAUGUUGACUUUUGUAUUUGACUGUACUUAUAGGAACACAGUGAAUUUAUGAAUGCUAUUCGCUAUUUUACGAUUACUGCCUACUAUCUACAAGUAAAGUUGUUGCGCUGGAACCCAUACAAUGUUAUGACAUUUUGUCUCUCGCUCAACAUACAAGGACCUCGAAAUACCACAAUUUGCCGCUAGAGGUUAAUUUUGCGUUACGCCGAAUUCUAGACGAUCUACGAGGCUUUUAUGAGACUCCUGAACCGGCGUCAUUUUUAAUAUCUAUAUUUGAUCACCACAUGAUCCUGCUCUUCAAGUUCUAUUAGCUAUAUCAGCAUGUCUGAUAUUGAACAACCACCUCAAAAGGAGCCAGAGGCUUCUGAGCCAACUUGCAGCACCUCAGAACAAAGUUCAGAGCUCCCUGGCGAAGACUCUGCUGAUACGAUAGAUACAGCAGCAUCAGAAGAUUCUAUAGUUACUCCAGAACCUGUCAGUUUGACAGAUCCUCCAGAGCCUAAUGUCAGUUUGACCGAUCCUCCAGAGCCAAGUCAAAGCCCCAUUGACCAUGAUAAAACAGUUGAACCUGUUGAAGAUGACAGUUCUGACAGAACAAGCUUAAAAGACAGAAAGUCUCGAGAACUGAAGCUUCUGCUUGCCCUUUCCAAGGAGUCGAAUCUCCCUACUAACAUCUCGCACAAGAGAAAACAUCUGCAGACACAGAGAUUGAGAGAAUACAAAAAUGCUGCACUGGAAGUUGACAAAAAAGUCUCGAGACAGUCUAGUGAUGGCAAAAAUAUCAGAUUUCCAGUGACUGCGGAGGCUGAACUGGAACAGGUGAUGGAUUCUGAGGUGAAAGAGGCUCUUGGAAGCCCUAAUGUUAGUGGGAAAAUAAAAAGAAAGAGGGACAGUGAAUGUAGCACACCAGGGGGCGCCAGUGAAGAAGCUGUCAAAAAGCAUAGGAAAAUCACUGCUGGUGAAAUCAAGAUGUUCAAGGAAAAUAAAGAUAUGUUUUGCUGGAGAUGCCACAGGGAUGGAGUCAAUAUAGUAUGCGAAACCUGCCCUAGAGCAUACCAUCAAAAAUGUUUGAAGCAAACGAUAAACAACCCAGAACAUUGGCCAUGUCCAGAAUGUGUCUCUAUAUUGAAAGCAGAAAGUACUCAGACGAGGUCGCCUGCAAUGAAAGGGAUGACCUUGGAACAUCUAUGCAGCCUCCUCAAGUUUGCCAUAAAGCGGAUGAUACAGUGUCAGGGGUCCGAACCAUUUCUGAACGCCGUCAGUGAAGCGGAUUUUCCAGAUUACAAGAAGUAUAUAAUACAACCUAUGGACCUGACGAAGUUGGAAAAAAACAUCAAAAACAACAUUUAUGGCAGUACCCAAGCAUUCGAAGCGGACGCUAAGUGGUUGUUGCAUGACAGUAUUAUUUUCAAUUCUUAUCAGUCGAAGCUGACCUCAGCUGCUAAAAAUAUAGUGAAAAUAUGCAAGCAGGAAAUGGCGGAAAUAGAGAAUUGUCCUAGUUGCUACCUGAACGCAAAUACCAAGAAAAAUACGUGGUUCGUUGAAGUCUGCCCGAAGCCGCAUAUAUUGGUCUGGGCAAAACUAAAAGGUUUUCCGUAUUGGCCAGCAAAGGCCAUGCAGUGUAACAACUCUGGAAUGGUGGACGUAAGAUUUUUUGGCGCCCAUGACCGAGCUUGGGUGCACUAUAAGGAUUGUUACCUCUAUUCGGAAAAAGACCCGAAUACGUUUAAACAGAAGAGAUACGACAUUGAGAAAUGCAUUGAGGAACUGACCAUCUACGCGGAAAACCUGAAAAAAAUCUACGGCGAAUUCCGACCGGCCCCUUUCAAGACGUGCUACGAUCCGGACAACGAAAUGAAGCAGUUGCAAAUCUUCCUGCCGAGGUACAAGCACGUAAAGGCGCUCAUGAAGAGGAACGCUCAAAACGGCGAAGUGAAAGCAGAUUCGGAUAAGACCGAUGGAGAGAAAGAUGGCGAUAAAAGCGACGAGUCCGCGAAAGACGGUAUCGAGGAAAAGCAGGAGCUCGCGAAGACGCCGCAAAGCGAAAAGUCGAGCUCGAAGGACGAUUUGAAGAGCGAGGAUAGGUUUUCGAACUUCAGCAGUCCUGUCAACGAGGAUAAGGAGAAUCUUGAUACCACCAUGGAGGGCUACGGUACAGACGAUGACGCCGCAGAAAUCGACCUGGAACGGAGAAAACAAUUCAGAGGAAGGAAGACCGACGAGAUGGAAUACGAAGAAGAAGAUGACGAUGAUGAGGAGGAUGACACGCAAGUGCCAAAUAACAUAUCUGUGGACAGUCCCGUAGUUAGGGGCAACGUCAGGACUAGAGGAGGACAUAAUAGCACUCCAGGGAAGCUGAGGGUCCUUCCAAGGCGAAAAUCUGAACACGACAAACUGAAACGCACUUCGACGGACGAAGUUUCAUCCCCCCGCCAGAAACUAUCCAGAAGAAACAGCGAUCAAAGCGUGAAAAGCGACUCGAGUCGCAUAUCGAACAUCUCCGACAAAAUCAGCAGGGUCGACAUCACCGAAAACAUGGAAGUAUCGCUCGGUAACGAUGACGUCGGCUGUUUUAGCGUGACAGGCAAAACGUCACCUGUCAACAGCGAUGUGUCAAAAUGCGGCAGCGAGCACAGCGUGGAGAUCAAGAAGAGGCCUGUACAAGUGGACAUCGAUAACGCGGAAUUCACCAUAUCGCCGUCGAACAAGUUGAAGAUUGCCGAUAAGCUUAUAAAAAGGCUGUCCGAUUCCUCUGACAGCAAUCAAAACAGCGAUAAGGUAGAAGAGGCGAAGAAAAACUUAUCACUUGGAGAGAAUAAAACACAGACCGAUAUGCUGAUUGAGCGAUUCAAGGGAAUCGUAGAAAAGGAGGUGAUCGAUUUCAAAGAAGGAAGUGAGGUUGAUAGUUCAAAGUUAGACAAAAAUGAUGAGGCAGAAUUGAAGAUAACCGAAGACGUACAAAGUCAGAAGGAGCCAGAAGUGGUCGAGGAUAGUGAUAAGGAUAAAACAAGUCGCAGUGAAGAAAAGAAAGAGACGCGGACAAAAACCAAGGCCGAGAAAAAAAUCGUGGACGUCACGCCUCCAGAAAAAAGUGAUAGUUGCGAUUCAGAAGAAACCGACGCGGAAGAAGCACCGAAGAAACCGAAAGUGAUGAUUCAACCUUCCAUCAGGGAAUUCGUUCAUUCGACUUUACCCUCGAAAGUACCUGAAAUUGCCAGUGUCAAGAUUAAGGAAAAGCGAGAAGAUGACGCCGAAGCGAGCACGCACAAAGCUGAAGAAGUGGACGAGGUGGAAGGUGAAGACAGCGACGACGAAAAGGAGAUGGUCAUUGAUGAAACAGAAAUUUAUGGGAAAGGCGAGAAUAAAGCUCCAGAGCACGUUGAUGAUAAUACGGGAUCGAAUUCUUCCGGUGGCGAUGAAAUCCAGGUACAGAAAAACAAAAUUAAACACGUCAUCCAAUCGUCUUUGAAAUGUGAUAAAGAGAAAACGCAGCAACAAGAUAAAGCGGCAGAAAUUGAAAAAGGUGCUAAUGAAGAUGAAGAAAGUAAGACGAAAGAUAGCGAUGCGUGCGAAGAUAAGAAAAAAGUAGAAGAGAGUAUGUCUGACAGUAGCGAUAGCGACGAUAUUGAAGCAGCCAAACAUAGAAAACGUCGUGAAACAGAGAAAGCAGAAACUGAGCCAAGUAAAGAAGAGCGCGUAAAUAAACCACUCCCUAACGAUGCUGAGAUGACAGAACAGAACGCUGAAACAACUCAGAUAGAUAAAGAACCUUCAGGUACCGACAAACCUAGGAGUGACGAGGCUGAUACGAAUAAAACCGCGCAUGAAAGUUUAGCGCGUAUCAGCGGGACGAAAAUUAUUCUUACCUCGAAAACGGACAAAGAAAAAAGCGCGAUGGCGGCCCAGCCUAGCGCGGAACCCAAAAAGAUAAUCUUGAAACGACGGCGGACGGACGAGGAUCCGCUUACGGUCAGAUACAAAGUGGUGAAGGUCAACUCCGGUGUCGACGAAACAAAAAAACCGCAAUGCGACAGUACAAGUAACCAGUCGAAAGAUGACGGUGCGGCGGUUCGAGAGAUGUCAACGGAUGGUAUAAAAAGUGAGCCCGAAAGCGAUGACGACUCGAGCGAUAACGAAAAUCUGGCGGCCAAGAUGAAGUACCUGUCGGCCUUGAAUAUUUCCGAGAAGACCAACGUGGCGCAGAAACAGAGAGGGAAGACGAACGAGAUCAGGACGAGGUCUAAGGCGGAGGAGAAACGUGAGAAAUACAGGGCGCUGGACAACGUUAGCAAGGUAAUUGAAGAAGUGGCGAUGAACAGCGCGAAAGAAGAGAAACAGAGGGCCGAAAAUAAAAAAGCCGCGUCGGUGCCCGAGGGAGAGAUAUACGUGAAAUCGUUCGCGAAACUGGGCGGUACGCAUCCAACCCAGCAGAGGGCGCGCAAGUCGUUUCCGGUACCGACAUACGCGAAACCCAAGACCGUCGUUCUUGCCAAGAAGGAUUCCCAGCAGUCUCAAGUCGUGUCCGUCUCAAAUAAAAAGGAUGUUCAAAAGGUACCUGCGUCUACAACGCAGCCUGUGCACAGCAUAGUAGUAUCGAAACCUGCAAGUACGAGUACCGUCAACAGUACCGUCGGCAAACCGACGAUGGUGAAACUGCCGGGUGCCGCAGGUAGUACCCCUGUAAACGCGAUACAGAUGUCCAAACAGCAGAUAGAAGCAAAUAUGAACGGAGGUGGAAUGUCGCAGAUUAUUCUGUUUCCGACCAGUUCCGGCUUGGCUGGGUAUGGCGGAAUGGUGAAUACUCUUUUCACAGCGGUUCCAUCAUCCGUGCUUUCUUCGCCGUCUUCAGCUCAAUCGGGCACUGCAGUGCCACCGUUGGUAGCAGCCUCCGGCAGCCCGGCGUUGCCUAAGCCGAACGUAAGAGCUUCGCAGAACUACAUCCCGCAACAUGAAAUGGAUGGCUUGAAUUCGCCAGCCGCAUCGCCGAACGUCAUCCUCAAUGAUCUGCUCAGUCAGCCUCUGUCGCAGGCGUUGGGGACAGCAGCUGCUGGUACCCCACAGAGCUCAAAGUCCGAUUGUGCUCAGUCAACAUCCGAAACGCCGGACGCUUCUACGCCUACCCCCUCCGCUACCCUGACGUCACCACCCGCACCAUCCGCGGAACCACCUGCGCCGGCUUCCGGUACAACCGGCGCCGCCGCAGCCGAAAACCCAGACGAAGACGAAUUGGCGACGUUGCACAGCGUGCUGCCUGAAAGCCUGAGCAGAGCCGUCAGCGAGCUGCUGUUGAAACCGCCUCCUAGAUUGAAACCUCGGCCGCCCGGCAUGCUGAGUGCUGUCUUCGACGAGGGAACGCCGAGUUCGGCGGGCUGUGUGACCAGUAGGAUUAACUCGAUCGCUCACAGGAUGGGAGAUUAUUUCCGCGGUAUGUUAAUAGAAACCCUAGAAGAUUUAGGAAAGUGCCAGAAUCCGGAAGCGAGGAUAACCAGUUUACAAUUAGAAAUGGAAGCUUUAAAACACAAACAUAGUUUAGAAUUAUCCGAGAUGCGGAAUAACAUUUGCACGAUAUUGAAAGAUAUUCAAAAAAGUUUAGCGGAAGAUAGGGAAAGAAUAAUCGACGAAACUAGAUCGGCCUGCGAAGCGGAAACAAUCAAGAGGGUGGAGCUGGCCAAGUCGAAGCAAUGGUGCGCGAACUGUUCGAAAGAAGCCCAAUUCUACUGCUGCUGGAACACGUCGUACUGCGACUACCCGUGCCAGCAGAAGCACUGGCCGCAGCACAUGGGCAAGUGCACGCAGAACGUCGAGAAGAGCGGCGGGAGCGGCGCAUCGACGACGCCGGCGGGCGGAGCUUCGACCGGAGGGGGCGGUCCGCCUACGGCUCCGCCUCAACGGCCUCCCGGUCAGCAGCUCAUCCUGCGGCCCGGCGUUGCCAAGUCGGGUGCGGGCGGAACGCAAGCAGGUGUCGGGAGGUUCGUUACAAAACCGACUAAGGUUUACAUGAACAAGGCGCCAGGGCCUCAAAAGACUUUCAAGACAUUGACGACUAGCGGCAACCACAUAACCGUCAUCGAGACAUCUCCCGGUCAAUUCGAAUUGGUCGGCAACGGUCCCAUUGCGGUAGCCGGAAAGAUAUACUCGCCCCCUGGCGGCAUGCAUCCGAAGUACAAGAGCGGUGGUGGGGUGCCGAUAGCGCCAGCCGCACGGCAAGGAGUUCCACAGCUGUCAUCCGCGCCUGGAACCUCGAAGGGCCACACGGCUAUGGAGGAAGAUAAUUAGCGGUUAUGUAGGAAGACGACUUGAGCGUAAAUUCAGGUUAAGUGACCUGGAGCACACCGUACCUGUAAGACGUUUCACACAUGUCAUCCCCAGGACGUCAGAGGGACAAUCAAUGGAAGAGGACAACUAGAAGUUUGAUGAGAAGUCCUGGAUACAUAGGGCAAUCAAUCCGUUUACCAUUUUUUUGCUCAAUGAGAAAAUUCUAAAAUUUUUCAGAUUUUUAGAAUUCUGAAAACUGAAAUUUAAAGUUGAAGGAACGCAGUUGAGUGGCCAAUACUUCCCGGGCGAUGAUGAAAUCAAAGAGAAGCUAAAACGUUUCCUCAUCGGAUGACCUCCAAGUCAUUGAGAUAAAGAAAUUAGGAUUCCGUAUACAAAAAUGCGUAGAAAGGUCCAUAUUUCCAGUGAUGUAAAAAACAAUGUUUUAUAUGUUUAAAAUCGAUGGGAAUCAUAUUUCUGUUUCAACCCUCGUAUACUAAUAUAGCAUUUAUUCAAAUAGAAUCGUAUUUACUGGGUGUUUAAUUUCCUUCAUCACUGAGUAUAUUUAAGCGUUUCCUACAUUAUUCAGAUAAAAUGUGUUUUAUAUUCGAUGGACAGAGCAUGGAUCGUACUACAGUACCACAAACUAUGCAUUUGUUUAACAUGUAGCUCAAAAAUAAUUACCCCACAAAAAUGGAAUUUAAAAACGGAAGUAGACGUUUCCUUUAUUUAAACAAUACGUACGGUAUUUUUGUAUCUAUUAAUUGUAUUAGGAAGAGACUGAUAUCGGUGCAGACAGGGAGAUCCAAUCCAAAUGAAUCUAGGCACAAUUUUGCAUGGCCUGUCUCACUCCUCUUUGGAUAUGCAGGUUCUAAUGUACCGUUGAUACACGCGGUUUGAAAAAACGUGAAACUUUUUUCACGUCGGGCGAAUCCUAAAAAAAAUGCUCUAGGAAACUGAUGCCUUUAAAUCACUUUUCAAAAUCAGAAUCGUUAUGGGAUCGAUUCAUUGCUGUAAAUAGAACGUUAAAUUGUUUUGAAAAAUGAUUUCAAGUUAUUUUUUGUUUUGUACAAUCAGUUAUAUUUAAGCAAUCCACCAUAAUAUCUCAAGUAUGUAGUAGUAGUUAUAUAUACUUAUUACAUAAAUUUAGGUGGUACUAUUUUACGAGUAUACCCCAUUUCACGAGUAUCGAUCACGAUAGGAUGACAGCUGAUUAAGUAGUAACAUUUCAAAAUUCCCCAUAUCGACAAAUGACACAAUUCUGACGGAUCCGUCAACGUCGGGAGUCGUAUUUUGUUUUGUAAAUGUCACUUGCUGAUCACCUCAAUGCACGUCAAAGCGUGAUGGAUACCGUUCUUCAACAUAAUGGUAAGUUUGGAUGUGAUAAAAAAGUUGAAAUUUGUUAUGUUUAUUUCCCCUUGUUAGUGAUAUCAGUUUCACUGACCGCAUGUCUGUUACUUUAUAUGCAAAAAACGAAUGUUAUUUUAUAUUGUGACUAUUGACAUUUUUUUAGUGUGGUGUCUGAUCUAUUUUGCUCCAGCCAAGAAAUUUUCUCCCAACUGUUUUCAUUAUAUAUAGAAAACAGAGUAUAAAUCGAAUCAAACAAGAUUUGACACUUGUUCCAUGCUUAUUCUUUUCAUUGUAUGUAUGAGUUGUAUAUCUUUUUUCUUCUGUUUAGUAUAUACUUUAGGCGGUCUUAAGAGUUCUUAUUUUUCUCAUGAUAAACCAACAUUUCCUGUACAUAUUUAGAUGUUGGAAAGCGAUCUGACUUUCAUUGAUUGUAUUUGUAAAUAUAAGUAAGCAUUAGUUAUAUAACGACUGAUUUUAGUUGUAUAACUGUUUAAUAAGUGUAUAUGUGUAAGUUAUACUUUCUGGAAAGAAAAAAACUUUAGUUCACGAUUUUUAUGAUCAGAGUAUUCUUAUGUAUUGAU